AUGGAAGCUCUGGGAGCUUUCUCAUUUCCGUCAUCCACCUACCCACUAAUUUCAAGAACAAUAUUUGAAAAACCGAUUAUUCAGAUUCCUUUAACUCAGAAAUUAAAUUCACCUGUUCCNAAUUUUCAUUUAAAAACGAAAGAUUCAUUGGUUCUGCAGGUUCACACUUCUAAGAAAGCAUGUGUAGCUGUGUAUCCAAGUUGUGUACAAAAUAAUAUUCUUUGGUUUUGGGCGAAUUCUGAUCCGUUAUAUGAAGACAUUCAUUUGAAGAAGAAGCCUCCCUACAUCCCAGAACUUGAUGACCCAUCAUUCACCAAUAUGAUGAUAUCGAGAGAUAUACCCUACGGGUAUGAACUUCUGAUUGAAAAUCUUAUGGACCCUGCGCAUGUCUAUUACGCACAUCAUGGAAUAAUGAGAGUUCCAGAAACGCCAAAGAGUCUGAAGGCUGAUAGAGAGGGAGGCAAACCGGUUGAAAUAAGUUUACAGAAACUAGACAUAAACGGUUUCACUGCGAAAGCAACUGGGGAUAACAAUUUUGUUGCACCCUGUCUCUACUACAGUUUUUACAGUCUAGGAGGGGAUCCAAGUAAGCAGUCCACAUCAUCUGUUGGAACCACGGAGGAGCCAGCAUCACCUGUUACACAGAAAAGAGCGCUUCUAAUUUUCUACUGUAUUCCAGUCAGUCCGGGUAAUAGCAGGUUGAUAUUUGCUUCUCCAAGAAACUUUGGGGUGUGGAUAGAUCGAGUUGUUCCACGUUGGCUCUUUCAUAUUGGACAAAAUUUAAUUCUAGAUUCAGAUCUAUAUCUUCUUCACGUGGAGGAGCGCAAGAUAGCGGAUGUUGGCCCUCUCAAUUGGCAUAAAUCUGGCUUUGUGCCAACUAAGGCAGAUGCUCUUGUGGUUGCCUUCAGAAAGUGGUUAAACACUUAUGCAGGCACUCAAGUUGACUUCGGAACAAAGUUUAGCAGACUACUCCCACCAACCCCUCCUAGAGAGCAGCUGUUUGAUAGGUAUUGGUCCCACACAGUGAAUUGUAGUAGCUGCAGUCUUGCAUACAGAGGUCUCAAUAUACUUGAGAUUUUGCUGCAGGUCAUCUCCAUUGCUUCAAUUGGAAUAGUUGCUGCAGGGAGGCAGGGUAUUAUGUCUGUGGCUACAAGGAACAGCCUGGUAUGCAUGGCUGUUCUAUGCUUUGUGGCUUCAAAAUGGUUGUCUCACUUUAUUUACAAAACUUUCCGAUAUCAUGAUUACGACCAUGCCUUCCGCUGAGAUUGCUUGUAACAAACAAUGCCUAUAAAAUUUGUAAUUUAUAUCGGGAUCAUGCAACAUUCACAACUUUGCAUAAAAAUAAAGUUAGAAACAUGGAAUUGCCAUUGUUUUUUGCUUAAUCUAACGUCAAUGAAGUGUAGAAUAUUAAAGGUCUUUUAAAA